AUGAGCCCUUCUGGGCGGAGGAUGGGCGAAGGGCGUCAGCAGCGGGGGGCUCCAGCCAGGAAGCGUUUCCUGCUCUCGGGGAGGAGAGGGUCACCCCGCUGGAGGCCGGGCGGCGGCGGCAUCGGAGCGCAGCGCUCCCUGCUCGGGCUCUUCGUGCACGCGUGGCUGUGGGCGGCCUCGGGCUCGUCUGCCCAGUUGUUCAACCUCAGCCUUUACGUGGACGAGGGGCUCCCCCCGGACACGCUGGUCGGUGACAUCCGCGCCGGGCUGCCGGCGGCACAGCAGCAGGAGGGCGGAGGCUUCUUUCUGUCCGAAGACUCCGAGGACUCCCCACUGCUGGACGACUUCCACGUGCACCCGGACACUGGCAUCAUCCGCACGGCGCGGCGCCUGGACCGCGAGCGACGGGACCACUACAGCUUCGUGGCGGCCACGCUGCUGGGCGCUGUGGUGCAGGUGGAGAUCUGCGUCAACGACGUGAAUGACCACUCGCCCCGCUUUCCGCGCGACUUCUUGCAGCUCGACGUCUCCGAGCUCAGUCCGCCAGGUACCGCUUUCCGCCUGCCAGGUGCCCACGACCCUGACGCCGGGCUGUUCAGCACACAGGGCUACACCCUGGUGCAACUGUCCGACCUGCCCGAGGACCCUGCAGGACCGUUCUUCCAGUUGCGCUACGGAACUCCUGGGCCACCACCGUUGUCACCCCUGCCGGGCUCCUCGUCGCCCCUGGAACCCCUAGACCUGGUGCUGUUGCGGCGCUUGGACCGAGAGGCGGCGGCGGCGCAUGAGCUGCAGAUCGAGGCGUGGGACGGCGGCAGCCCGCGGCGCACCGGCCACCUGCGCGUGGAGCUGCGCGUUCUGGAUGAGAAUGACAACCCGCCGGUUUUCGAGCAGGGCGAGUACCGCGCCGCGGUGCGCGAGGACGCCCUGCCGGGCGCCGAGGUCUGUCGGGUGCGCGCCACUGACCGCGACCUGGGACCCAAUGGCCACGUGCGCUACAGCGUCCGCGCCCGGCAAGUGCCCGGGGCGGGUAGCGGCGGCGGGCCACUGGGCGACGCGGCCUACUUCGCCGUGGACGAGCUGAGCGGCGUGGUGCGCGUGCGAAGACCUCUGGACCGCGAGGCGCAGGCCUGGCACCAGCUGGUGGUCGAGGCCAGCGACGGAGGCGCCGAGCCUGAGGUCGCCACGGUGCGCGUGUCUAUCGCCGUGCUGGACGUGAAUGACAACCCGCCCGCCCUUCACCUGCUCUUUCUCACUGAGGGAGGCGCCGCCUGUGUCUCUGAGGGCGCCCGAUGGGGCGACUACGUAGCUCGCGUCUCGGUGUCAGACGCGGACGGUGACCCGGAGAAAGAAGAGGACGCCGCCGGGCAGCUUGGCGUGGUUCUCGGCGGCGGGAGCAUCUCUCUGUCCUUGGAGGGUGGAGAGGGAGCCUUCGCGCUGCGGCCUGGCGGCCCCCCAGGGGUAUUUUUCCUUUGCGUCGAGGGGCCCCUGGAUAGGGAGAGCCGCGAUAUGUAUGCGUUGCGACUGGUGGCCACGGAUGCGGGAUCCCCGCCUCUGAGCACGGAGGAGACGCUUCUGCUCCGGGUCUCCGACCUCAACGACCAGGCGCCUCUGUUUAGCCAGGAGCAUUAUCGGGCCUCAGUGUCCGAGGCCGCAGCCCCUGGCACGGCAGUGUUGUGGGUCAGCGCCUCCGAUGCGGAUGAGGCUGGCACCAAUCAUGCCCGGCUGCGCUACGCUCUAGUCCAACUCUCGACUCACUGCACCCCAGAGGCUCUGCCGCCCACUGCAGAGUGUGGACCGUCUUUCACCAUCGAUCCCGAAAACGGUGUGAUCAGCACUAUCCGAACUCUAGACCGAGAGGACCAGGAGGCGGUGGAGCUAAGAGUGGUGGCCCAGGACCUCGGAGAUCCCCCGCUCUCUGCCACCUGCUUGGUGAGCAUCACCGUGGAUGACGUGAAUGACAACGAACCCAUCUUCUGGAGGCAGGUGUACAAUGCCACCCUUGUAGAGCAUGCCCCAGUUGGACACUGCUUUCUGCAGGUGAGUGCAUUAGGCCUGUGGGUCAACCGGAAGGCUUUCAAGGGAUGGAGAGGUUACCUCAGAUCUGCUCAAGUCUCCUUUGUCAAAAUCAAACAAAAACCAAAUGAGGAACAACAGGAAAAAAAUAAUAUUCUAGAUUCUCUGUAA